ACUGAGCUAACUCCCUAUGGCUUGUGCACUUUUGAGCCUCUCAGCCCCACCUAGUGAUUCAGACACUGUUGAGUUUGGGAGCAUAAUCUAUUGUAUAAGUAAUGGGGGACACUACUAUACACAAAGAUGAUUAAGCAACUGUUUGCGAGCUGGGGAUGUGUGAGAAAGGUAUCAGAAUCAAUCAAGAUAUUGUUUUCAGAUAACUUGGGUGAAAAGCCAUAAGCAAUAGCUAUGUGCCUGCAUAACUCCACAGAUGCGCAUGGGAAGAUGCAGGAGCCAGGCUACAAGACAGAUGGGUGAGUGGAGAUUCAAGACAGGAGUCCAUUCUUUUCCUUCAACCAGGUCCUUGGCCAUGGCACGUGUGGUGAGACCCCAAAAGAACCACGUGGACCUAGAUAUAUACCAAAGCUCAUACAUGGUGGACUAUAAGCCCUUUGGGAAGUACAAAUAUUCUAGAGUCACGCCACAAGAGCAGGCCAAGCUUGACGCUCAGCUCCAGAGCAAAGAGUUUUACCAGCCCAAGCCCAACCCCAACCCCAAGCUGGAGGAAGGCUAUCCUGCUUUCAGAAGACCCUACAUGACUGCCCUAGACUUGGGAGUCCCUGGCUUCUUCCCGCCACAAGAACGGGUAACUACUAGGAAGGAUGACGGCAGGUUUACCACCACCUGCCAUUAUGCUUACCCAGCAUCCCUGGCGCUGUACCUGGCCCAGCAAGACCCCUACUGGCUUCACCAGAGGGCCGACUUCCCAUGCCUCAUGGAACCGGAGCGGCAGCCUGCUCCAGAAGUGGGCAAAGGCUACCUUCUACUCCCUGGCUGUCUCUGUGACCAUCACCAGAGAGUCAAGGUCCCCAUCUUGAAUAGGUGGGGCCCCUUGAUGCCAUUUUACCAGUAGACGUGUGAGAAUACCCGCUGUUUCAACGUAUGAAGGAAUUCCAUGCCAAUGCUCACAGAGAAAGCACCAAAAAAUAAACUGGGAAAGAUGUUCCUUA